AUGGACCGAUCUGUCUCCGCUUCUCUCGCUGCGUUGCCGUCUUCGAGGUCGCACUUACUUCCCGUGAAGGUUCGGAAGCCGAUAAUCGACCGCACAACGUCGCUGCCGUCGUCACCCCAAGGUAACCAGCAGAGUCACAAGCGGCCGUUAACGUUAAAUUCUCCCAAUGCAAGUUCCAAGCGCCCACCUUUGCUGGUUGACACAAGAAGUCCAUCAGCAGUCGGUGACAAUAGCCGUCGUAAAGCGAGACCUAGUACAGCAGCUGUCACUCUCUCGUCUACCGAGAUACUCAACAAGAUCAUCGGCACGCCGGAAGAUGCGGCGCUACAGCAACAGACUCGACCGGAAAGCGCACCAAUUGCAUCCAGACGAGCUAGUAGUGGCGCGCAAUCAAUUGCUCCUCUCAAGGUCAACAGCGCUUGGUCAGCAUCGCCGUCUUCGUCGGUCUCAUCGUCUCGCUGUGCUGGGUGUGGAGGGUUUGCAGAGAUGUGUUUGUCGUGUUUUACGCAGUUUAAACAACAGGAUGGAGCACGGUACAAGACGCAGUUGGUACAGGCAGUGGAUUCGCUGUUCGCCAAGGCUACGACACGAGCUUUUCGACGCAUGGCAGCGGUGGUGGUGCAGUGGGUGUUCCAAGCGUGGAAAGCUGCUGUUAGGAGAGCCAAAUGGAAGACUCAACUCACAGUCAGGAUGCUGCAGAAGCAGCGCAUGCGUCAGCUCUGGAAAUCAUGGCAGAUCUUUAUCUACGAGCGACGAAUUAUUGGAGCCAUGCUGUACGCUGAGUCGCAGCAACGCGAGACCAAAGAGAAGGCGCAUGAGGUAGCUAAGCUGCACGGAGAUGGCUUCGAACGUGAGUCUGCUGCUCGUGUGCACGAAGCCAUGCAACGAGAGAUCGUCCAGAAGCUGGAAGCACAACUCGCAGCGUUGAAGAAGUCGAUGCAGGCCAAAGACCGCGAACUAAGAGACCUGCGUAGAGAACUUCGAGAGAAACACGCGCUCGUCAACGUGUUGCAGGCACAGGUCGUGAAUCCGCAAGAAGUGGAACGACUGCGUGUGGAGAGCACCGAGUAUAAGAAGGCGAGCUUCCAGCUUGUAGCUGCACUGACACAGUCGAUGGAGACGCAGCUCGAAGUUCUGAGUACAAGUGAAGGCCGACAGAACCUCAGCGACAUCUUCACGCGAGACUUAACGCAGUCACUUGACAAGCCGGAGCAUUCAUCGUUCUACAACCCUCUGGUCGACAUGGAAGCGGCAGAGGCAAGUAACGAGAAGCCUACAAGUUUCGUGCUGGCGUACGAGGCGCCAGUGGAUCGAGCUGAAGCGAUUCUGACGCAGUGGGUGAACUCUCUUAUCGCCCGACAACCUCCAGAUUGGCUGUCAGUGCCUCGUAUGCAGAACUUCCACUCCAGUCUGACUGACGGAAAAUUGUACGCCGUGGUGACCAAGUUGCUGCAUGCUGCCAUGUGCCGAACUCGCCUCCGACGACCUGCUGGCGGCACUGCGUCUCGACUGGAAGCCACGUCCGUGUUGCGUGAGAACGGCGAGGAUCUGACGGAGAUCAGCAUGGAGAGAUACUUGGAGCAUAUUCGACACGAAACAAGCAUCGAGAAGCGACUGGAAGUCAUGAUUAACACACUGGGUCAGGCUAUGUGGCUACCUCUCGGACUCCUCAACGCCAAGGACAUCCGAGCAGGUCACGUGGAGUUCAACUUUGCAGCGCUCACCUACCUCUUCGUCACGUUCUCGCCGUGUCUUGCGCCAGACUACUAUUCGUUGUGUACUGAGUUGACGCAACAAUUGGAGGACGUCAAGACCAAGUGGCAAGAGCUUCAAGGUGAUGGUACGGUUGCUACAGAUCCAACGACAGGAGAGGAACUGUCUUUGAGUAUGCAAGUGAAGCUGGCGCUAUCGCAGACGCUGGAACUCAAGCGACGGAUUGAUACUGAAGACCUUAAGUCGCGAGAAGGCCAUGCACUCUGGGUCAAGGCUGAGCGCAUCGUGAUGCGGAAAUGCUUCCUGUCCUACGCUCGACUAGCACGAGGUAAAACGGGUGUGUUAACCAAGACAGAUGCGUCCUUACGCGACGAGAACGAGGCGUUCGCGAAGCUCCCCAAGCACAAGCUUCAGGACUUGGCACUGCCGUAUGAAGAUUUUAACUGGGAGGCCAAGCUGCUGCAGAGUUAUCUAGUCACGAUCUACUGUGACCUCGCGCGGAUUUACCGAGGGUAUGCUACUCGAUCGGGCGGCACUAGUAACACGAUCAACGUUGGAGUUUUCAUCGAGUUGUUGACUGAGUGCCACGUGCUGGAAGGCAACAUGACCAACGCUGACCUGCAGAACAUUAUCCGUGCAUUGGAUCCAAAGACCAAAACUGUGAACGCACACCGCGCGUUGCCGCCCAUGGAGUUCUUGGAAGCGCUGGUCCGAGUUGGACGCAAGAAAUAUCCCGUCGAGACCAACCGCGUGACGAUCUCCGAAGCUUUUUGCUUGCUAGUGGACAACUUCAUUCUGCCUUUUGCCUUCCGUUCCGACGCCGAUUUGUUCCGCCAACAGAUCGAGGACACGACGAUCCAUCGACUGCGUAUCAAAUACACUGACGACCUCAAGAAGAUGUACGAAAAAUACGCCGUCGAGGACCCCAAGCAUAAGAACAAGAACGAGCGCGUCACCGCCUUCACCUUCAGUCAGUGUCUACUGGACCGUGGAGUGCUAGACAUGACGCUCACGUCGGACAAAAUCCUGGGCAUCCUCAGCAAAGUCUUGCGGAACAACAAGAGUGCAGCACCAGACACUUCGUCUUCAUCUAAAGGAGGACGGAGAGCAGGAGAAGACGAAGACGUGACGUACCCACAGUUUGAGGAAGCGCUCAUCGCUGUGGCCUGCCACAAAUUCCCGGAUCCCUACGUCUCACUUGAAAGCCGCGUCGAGAAAUUCUUCUCCGUCUACGCUCGAGAGCGAAGAGAAUGA